AUGAAGCUUUUCAUCGUCGUUGCACUCUGUGCUAGUGUUUUCGCAAACCCACAAGGCUCCACGUCUGGAUCAUCGCCUGGCUGCUCAUCAAAUCGUACUCCAUACUGCUGCGACAUCCGUGCCACUCCCCAGACCCCAAGUAAAGGCUGUAAGAACACUGAUGGAGCUGUCAGCGAUGUAUAUUCGUUCUUUUCGGGUUGCGCGAAUCGGAGUCUUCAGGCAACCUGCUGUACUAGUGUCAAUCAAGCACCACAGGCGACAGGACUGAACACCACGACACUCGCCGGUGUCGAUACAAACGCUGGCCAAAUGACGAAUCUUCGAGCCACUAAAUCUGGAAGACUCAACGGCUUGCAGACGAAGACCGCAUAA